GACUCUGUACAAGUCCCUGUCCUACAUUAGAAGAUGGACUGUUUCGACAACAAUUCAAAAUUCGAGUAUAGGUGACAAGAUGCCCCGCAGGAAAACCACAACAGAGGCUCCAGCGCCCCCUGUGUCUCGAAAGCGCGAUCUGCCCGCCGACCCAUACGAAGUCCCUGACGAAGCUGAGACCCCGAGAAGACGAAGGCGCCUCGAAAACAACGAUGCGGUUGAUAAGGAGGGUGUUGGGGAAGAAAUUGUUAGCGUUGAAGAGGUGAAGUCCGCUGUCGAGGUGACACCCGCCAAACGGCGAGGCCGCCCUCCGAAGUCUGCAGUCACAGGAACGCCAAAGGCUCAAGCGACGACACCUUCGAACAGGCGAUCAAGGACCCUCGCCGAGACCCCCGUGAAGCUGAAUGGCAUCAACACUCCGAGUAGACGGAAUAUUGCCGACAGGUCGGCCAGGAGGAAAAGCGCCAGGGCCUUGAUAGACCGUGUGAUAGGGGGCACCGUCAGCGAUGACGAGGUGGAAGAAGGGGAUAUUGCACGAGAAAUCUACGAAUCAAGCGAGGAUGAGGAGGCCGAGGCAGAGGAGCAAGCGGGGAUAGAGGAAGGCCAGGAACCUGCAACACCCUCAAAAGCCCCGGGGAGAAAGCGCAGGGCUACAGGGCGGAAGAAAUCACCAACCCCUCCUCGCGAUCUGCCUCCUCACGAGCAGUACUUUUAUCAAAACAAACCCGGCUUGGCCAAAACAUCCAACAACACCUUAUCAUCGCUCGACCUCCUGAAACACGACGAAUACUUCUCCGUUCUCCGCCAACUCGAAGAUCCCCACGCUGCAGACGUCAACUUUCUCCAGUCCCUCCACGCCGAGUCCUUCCCUCAAUGGGCCUUCGAGCUCUCCCAAGGGUUCAGUACCUGCCUCUAUGGCUACGGCUCCAAACGCCGCCUCCUCCAUAAUUUUGCCACCUACCUCUCCUCCCAAAACCCCUCUCACAAAAUCGUCAUCAUCAACGGCUACGUCCGCACCCUCACAGCCCGCGACAUCCUCACCACCCUCACCUCUGCCCUCCCCUCCCUCGCCCCAGGCGGGGGAGGCGGCACAGGCAACCCCUCCACCACCCUCCAAACCCUCCUCACCAACCUCACCAACACCCCCGCCCCAGACGCGGACGGCUCCCCCACCACGCUCACGAUCCUCGUCAACUCGAUCGACUCACCGUCACUACGCAGCAAGCCGGCACUGCAAUCCUUGCUCGCGCAGCUGGCGUCGCACGCGCGGGUGCGGCUGGCGUGCACGGCGGACACGGCCGACUUCUCCCUGCUGUGGGACGCGGCGCUGCGCGCGUCGCUCAACCUGGUCUUCCACGACUGCACGACCUUUGCGCCGCGCGCCCCCUGCGAGCUCGACGUCGUCGACGAGGUCCACGAGCUCCUCGGCCGCAAGGCCCGCCGCGCCGGCGGCAAGGAGGGCGUCGCCUUCGUGCUGCGCAGCUUGCCGGAGAAUGCGCGCGCGCUGUUUCGGUUGCUGGUUGGGGAGGUGUUGGUGGCGGCGGAGGAGCAGGGUGGUGGUGCAGGUGCUGGUGGUGCUGGUGGGGGUGGGGAGGGUGAGGUGGCGGUGGAGUAUCGCAUGGUGUAUAAUAAGGCGGUGGAGGAGUUUAUUUGCAGUUCGGAGAUGGCGUUUCGCACGCUGUUGAAGGAGUAAGUUGUUCCCCCCUUGACCACGCAUGGCACUGCCUGGUUGUGUGAUGCAGGAGGAUAAGAGCUGACUUCCGUUGCAGAUUCCACGACCAUCAGAUCAUCACUAGCCACAAGGACUCCAUUGGCACGGAACUUCUCAGUCUUCCGUUUCGCGUAGAUGAGCUCGAAUCCAUCCUGGAGGAAUUGACGACAUGAUUGAGGUGAUGGAUUGGAUUCCUUUGGUUUCGAGAACGAGUCGUUUGCGGCAUUGGACGGAGUUCGAAGGGCAUGAGCUGCUUGGAUAUCAUGUAGAGUACUAAAUAGAACAGGGCCACAGGCCAAUGGAAGCGUGUCUCCUUGUUUACAAUACAUGGUAUCUACCCGUC